AAGUGAGCACAGCUCCAAGAAUGGGCAGGAAGAGACAGGCUCCUUUAGCCUGCGGCUGAAACUUUGACGGAUAAUAUAGUGUGGAAGCGUCGCUUGUGUGUCCACGUUUCACCGUGGACUCGUUGCAUUACGCGCCUCCUACCCGUCAUUGACCGGUUGAAAAUCGGCGGGCGAGCACAGGGAAAAUGAGAUUGUGGAACAAGAGCGUCGCUCGAUCGAGGAAAGCCUGCUGGCCAGUCGAAUGAGAUUCCCGCGACCACAGUCCGAAACACAGGAACGCAGCGUGUGCAAGGUUAUGGGUGUGCUGCUGCUGGCGCGAUCCGGUGGAUGUCAGUGAGAAUCACUGACAUCUAUGCAGUUGUCGUUGAAGAAAAAUCUUGUGCUCGCGACUCGGUGCAUAAUCAGUUAACGCGCAACUGCGCGCAACCGUUCGGAAGUGAACGCGAUCCGUCAUCUUUCGUUGCCGAUCACGGACACCGCGAUCAAUCCGGAAUCAUGACGCGAAAGUUGAGCAAGUUCUUGAUACUUUUCGACAACACGAACCUCUUGUACUUUCCCGGCCACUUUUUGUCCGGCCGGGUGAUCAUCGAGUUGGACGAUGAGGCAUACGUUUCAGGAUUGCAUUUCCACGUCAUCGGCGAAGGAGUGGUCCGCGUACGUAGUCAACGCGCCGAGAGGGUUUACGACAAGGAGAACUACAUAGAUUUUCGUAUGAGAUUACUAGGGGAACCAGGAGAAGGACCGUCGCUUUUAUCGCCGGGAAUUCACAGCUUUCCAUUCAAAUUAGGUCUGCCCCUGGGUUUGCCGUCCACUUUCUUGGGCAAACAUGGCUGGGUCCAAUAUUAUUGCAAGGCUGCGCUCCGCGAGCCAGGUGGCCUCACGCACAAGAAUCAACAAGUGUUCAUCGUGAUGAAUCCCAUCGAUUUGAAUUUAGAGCCGCCCAUCCUGGCGCAACCAGCACGGCAAGAAAUCGAACAACGGGUCGGUGUCUCCUGUGUCUCAGGAGGUCCUGUUUUCUGCAGGGUGAGUCUAGACAGAGGUGGAUAUGUUCCCGGCGAAACUAUUGGCAUUUCUGCGACCGUCAGCAAUCGGAGCAAGGUGACUAUGAAAUCGACUAAAGCAUCCCUGACCGAGACGAUUCAAUACCUGUGCCGAGGUAAAGUCCUCGCGAGCGAAACUCGAGAGUUGGCGAGUGUUUCUAGAGGGAAAAUUCGGCCUGGCGAGGGCGAGGAAUGGUUGAACGAACAAAUGUAUGUUCCCCCGUUACCGCCUACCAAUCUGCGAGGGUGUCACCUCAUCAACGUUCUUUAUCACGUUUACUUUGUAAUUAGCCCAAAGAGUUUGGAUAAGGAAAUCAAAUUGCAAAUACCAAUAGUCCUAGCCACUUAUCCUCUGAGGCAAGAAGGUGCUCCAGCGGGAACUGCACCGUCGAAACGAGGAGCACAUUAUCCGUCGACGUUGCCAAUAUUCCGGCCGUGGUUGGACGAUAAAGCUUUCGAAAUACAAGAGUAAACGAGUUUAAUUAACUUUCACCAGCGUCCUUGAUAGCUAAGAUACAAACUUUUUGGAUGAAGACACUCUGGGAUCACACAUUAAUACGACGUAUACAGUUUGAAAAAUGUGAAGUGAAACUCCUUCGAUAAUAUUAAUACGCUUAUAAUGAUACUUACUCUAUAAAACGCAAGAAAAAAUCGACUAUUUAUAGUUCUCCCCAAAAAUGAAGACCGACUAAAAGUAAUUAGAGAUAGUUAAAUACACUAUUUUUAACAUAUUCCUUUUUUAUAUUUUUUUCAGAUUUUUUAAUAUAAUUCAAUGAAAUUAUAAAUUUUAAUCGUUUCUACGAAAUGACGUGAUUAAAGUUUUGUAAACAUUAUAUUAUUUUAAAGAGAUAUUAAAAAACUAUGUUGCUUUCUCGAACGUUAACGAAAGUUGGCGUUAACGAAAAUUUGCGUGCAAGAAAUUUUAUAUGUACCAAAAAAAAGUUCGAAGUUAGCGACGAAUUUUGUUUAGAAAUAGCUAAAAUAAUUGCUAUCGUUAACAGGAUUACUUUUGCACAGUAACGAAUGUAUAAAGUUAAUAUUUUUAUUGUAUAAAUUAAUUGAACAUAUUAUAUUGACAGAAUUGCCAUAUUUAUGUACAGUAAAUAUGACUCAACAGAAGAGUAUAAUAUUAUAUGUGUAUAAAAAACAAUAGAUAUCAUGACAAUAAAAAAGAUGCGUUAACAAGUUUC